GUGCGUCCGGGCGCAUCCGCCUGGACGCGCCUGUCAUCUGGAGGAAACUCCUCCCCGCAGACAGCGCGUCCUGUCGCCUCUCCAGCGCAAUGGUCUCCUGGAUCAUCUCUAGAGUUGUGGUACUUGUGUUUGGGACACUAUAUCCUGCGUACUCCUCUUACAAAGCUGUGAAAUCAAAAGAUGUGAGGGAAUAUGUGAAAUGGAUGAUGUACUGGAUAAUAUUUGCCCUAUUCACGACUGUGGAAGUAUUUACGGAUAUGUUUGUUUGUUGGCUUCCUUUCUACUAUGAGCUGAAGAUAGCGUUUGUGGUGUGGCUGUUGUCCCCUUACACUAAAGGCUCUAGCGUGCUAUACAGGAAGUUUGUUCAUCCCACUCUUUCCUCAAAAGAAAAGGACAUCGAUGAGUACAUCUGCCAAGCCAAGGACAAAAGCUAUGACACACUGGUGCAUUAUGGGAGAAAGGGGCUAAACGUCGCGGCCACAGCUGCCGUCAUGGCUGCAACAAAGAGCCAAGGAGUCCUGUCAGACAGACUGAGGAGUUUCAGCAUGCAGGAUCUGUCCUCCUACCAGUCGGAGCCCGGGGACAGCGGCCCCGAGACCACACAGUCCGCAGCAGCCCAGCAUCGGACCAGAAGUAUGAUGCGCAGCAAGUCGGAGAGCUACAACAAGGGGCAGGAUUUUGACGUAACUGAGUAUGAGAUGUUGGGUUUGGACCAGUGGGUCUCCAAGGAGUCGCUGUCCCAGACCAUUUCACCCUCUGAGUCUGAGUCCACACCCGUUACGCUCUCACUGACGCCCCAGUCCAUCCCGCCCUCCACGCCCUCUCCACCUCCCACUCCCCCGGUUCCGGAGCUGUCAGAGGAGGUGGGGAAGGAGGCGCAGGCAGGGCUGAGCUCUCCCCAGCUAAAGCUGGUUAAGAGGAAGGCUCCUGAGCCUCCUCUUAGAGUCUUAAGGCCUCUCACAAGAUCCAGGAGGGCUCUCUCUUCGAACAAUGAAGCCAUGUGAAACUGUCCUCAAGACGACUCCAGCUGCCUUCGCUGCAAGAAGUAAAAAAAAAAGAAAAAAAUACUGAAUGGCCAAAAGCUACAUGACUGAAGCAGCCUUGCUUUGGAAUAAGGUAUUACCAAAGUGACCUAUGUCGACCCCUCUAUCUGUAGUAUAUCGCCUAUGAUCAAUCAGGUGAGGUUGAAUUAAGAGAAAUGAGUGAAUGGGCUCCAUGCUGAUAGACACUUUUAUUUUUCAGUUUGUGGGUUAUUGAACAUGUGUUUAUGUACAGUUUGUGUGUACCUCAUCUUUAGGGUUUAAUGGUUUUUAUAUAUCAGGUUAGGGCAGGCAAGUGCAUGAGUGUCUUCCCAGUUAUUAGUCCACCGUUUGUUCAGCAGAAUGUACUGUCACUGAAUCCUGCCGCUGGUUUCGAGAAUGACGCGGCCACUCCUCGAGAAUGUGUUUAAAGCCAAGGAUUUAAAAAACAACAACCCUGGGUGGUUGUUGUUUUAUUGACAGUAUCUGUUUCGGAGAAACAUCUGAGAGCAGCUGAAUUCUGCACUGAUGAGUUAUCUUAUCACGAUUUUGUGUAAUCAGCCAAACAAACAAAUAUAAAACGUACUUAUUGAAGAGUCAGACAGCAGUGGUGGACAAUAUUCAGUUAUUUACCUCUAUAUUAAAGCCUUAAUUAAAAGAUAGUGGAGACUUAAAAAUAUAUCAAAAAGUCUCUGCACAUGUUGUGACUAUUUGUGACACAUAUACGUUCUCAUUAAAUCAAGUUUGCACUAUGUCUAGAAUAUAAAUUACUGCCCUAAAUGCUCAAUGAAACGGCCAAAAGUUACACAAUAAUCAUAUUAAAUUAGUAGCAGAUUAUUGUUAAUUAAUGUGUAAUUUCAAAGUUACAGUUCAUUUCUUGUGUGGUGAAAGAAAUAGGACGUAAUGACGGUGGUUUCACAUUUAAAAGAAAAAAGGGUCACGACCAAAGAGUUUUUCUCAGUGGAGCAGACUUUCUUUUUUCUUUUUGACAAUCUACUGUUUGGUUUUUAAAAACCAAAAAUUAUUUGGCAGUUGAAGGCCAAUUGUGAACACGUCACUUUCAGCUGUAGCUGAAACCGACAAGAAACAAAUCGAUAUUUACUGUAAACUAACAUGGUUUAUUUUUAUUUUUUGAAAUCACUGUGUAAUGUUCUCUUCACUGAGCAACACUAAACCAGACGAUCUCAACCUUCGACCUGCUUCUGCUGUUCUGUAGAAACUCACCAGACUGUGUUUUGUUGGUUUGCAGGUUUACAAACCUACAUUUGAGUUCCUGUUGCAUAGUGACUCCUGGAAUGUUUUCACCCUGUACUUUUAUUCACUGAGCCUGAAUCAUGGCAGCGUUUUACACGACGUGUCACUGUGCCGGUGGAUUCACGCAGUCGAUUUUUGAUUUUCAUCAUCGUGUCGGUAUAAUUUGAGGCGGAUUGAAGUUUGAAAUAAAAGCUUCUCAGGUACAACCGUUCGGUUUACACGUCAUUCACACUGUUGUUAUAGAUACACUUGCUAUGCACACAAAAUGUUCUUUCAAUGGAGAAAAAAACUGGUUGUGUUUAGUUUUAUCAAGUCAUAGUGUUGGAGCUGAUUAAAAUCAGUGCAAAGUAAAAAAGAAAAAAAAUCAUGUUGCUUAUCAGAUUUUUAAACUUGUGCAUAGACGGAUACACUCAUCAUUGCAUGACAUUUGUUAUUAAUUUGUAGGAAAAUUGAAUCUCUUUAACAAUUAAUUUGGUGUGAAGCUGUCGGCCUCUUCAGAUGCAUUGCUGGUAAACAAUUACACAUUAAUCUUUUGUCAUUGCUUUACAGAAGAAACAUGAAAUGUUAUGACUAAGUUGGCUAUGCAUACAUUCAAAUAACAUGCGUCUUAUUUACUUGUGAAUUGGCCACUUUGACUUUUUGAUGAAGAGAACCUCACUUACCAAAAUAUCCUAAGAAUUUUUGUUCUGGCAGGCCAGAAUGUCCAACAACUUCAAUUUAAACUUGAUUGUUAAGUAUAAACUCAAAGCAGUGAUGUGAUGGCAUCAUGGUUUAUGGCUCUCAAUUGUACCACGGGAUUCAAUAUUUCUGUUUAAAUCAAUUUGCAGUCAUUAAAUAUCAAGUAAAAGUUGA